GUGCAACACAAGGUUGGUUGAUGCAGUCGGGCGAGCCCCCCAUCUGUGAAGCAAAUCCGGCAGUCCCCUCAGGCUGCGUACACAAGCACAUACAUAAUCACGUGUCUGUCUAUCGACAAGCGACAAGCGAACAAAGGUAGCAAUGAUUAUCACACGAAUAAAUAAAUAAGCUGGAGAGGAGAAGCCCACGCACGGCACGCCAUCAUGCGAUGCGAUCAGACAGACACAGAAUCAAAACUGCUGCUGACAAGGAGACUCGCCGGACACUCAUGCACCCGCAGCGUUUCCACACACUACCAUGGCACCAACCAAUGGGGGAAACGCAUCUCUCUCCAUCACGCAAACGACCAUGCGACAACCCACCCCACGCCUCACCCCAGCCCACAGCGCUAUCCCCCCCAGGCGGCAUCUUCGCCUCUCCUGCCCUCCGCGCCCUCAUACACGCCAUCCGGCGUCACCACCCAGUCGAGGAACAUGUCGAGGGAGUCCAUCGGGAUGGUCGCCAGCGGCAGCAGCUGCUCGCGGAGGCCGAUCCCGAUGGUCGUGGUGCGAGGACGGCCACGAUCCUUCAAAGAGGCAAACAGACGCGCGAGGAAGCAGUCGUAGUAACCCUGCAGACAAUACACACAUGCACGAGAUGAGGUGCGUGAAAACAUAUAUAUGUGCGCCGCAUCUGUCUGUACCUUUCCGUGUCCGAGUCUCCUGCCGCUUUGGUCGAAUGCCACCCCGGGGCAGAUGACCAGGUCGAUGUCACCGCAGUAGGUGCCAUCCUCCCUCCGGAGCGUCUCGUCCAGAGAGAGCUCUGGGAUGCCCCAGGGCGACAUCGGAAAGGAAGAUAUCUCAUCCACACUACUCACCUGAAUGAAGACAAACCCAGCCACACACACACACACAAAAAGGAUAGACAUGGUGGUUGGCGAGCUGGCUGGAUGGCUCUAUUGUGGUGUGGCUACGUGUAGCGAGCGUACCUCGACCAUCCUCAUAUCAGGGGGGUUCUUGCCCACCACCCUCGGCACGAACACCCUCUUGCCCUGACGGAAGGCCUCACGCACCAAGGUGUGCGUGUCUAUCUCCCCGCUAGGCAUGGAAAGGUAGACGCACACGCAUUGGCUCCUGACGAAUGUCGGAUGCUGCGAAAGCUGCGCGAAGACAGCGGCCGACUGCGGUUCAAUCGACUCGUGGGACAGCGACUUCAGCUGGCCGCGGACCUGCCUCCUGAGGGCCUUCUUCUGCUCCGAGAUGGCAGAUACUGACGUGGCACCGGGUUGCACGUCUGACGUCGACACUGACGCACGAGCAGACGAAGGGGCGUGCGGCGGCGACAUGGUGGUUCGCGACAGCGGACCGAGCUGUUCGAGUCCUCUACGAAGGCCGCCACCACAGCAUAAGUACCCCAGAAGAGGCAGGCGCAUCCAUCCGGCCGUCGCUCUUUUUGCG